UCCUUUUUUUUUAACCCCCUUCUCGACCACGUGGAGGAGCAGCUCUCAGUCAAUAGACGUCCGCACGGAACUCAUCGGCUUUACUUUUAUUUAUUUUUUUACCGUCCCCGGCGCGACGCUGAUCCCGGUGUGAGAUGUCGGCGGCAGGACAGACCUCCAGGAGCCUGGAGAUCCCGGCUGUCCGCAGGAUCGCCAUCCACGAUGCAGCCCACAUGCCGAAGGAGUACUCCACGACCCCGGGGGGGACUAUGUUCAGCACCACACCAGGAGGUACCAGAAUCAUCUACGACAGGAAGUUCCUGCUGCAGUGUCGGACCUCUCCUCUGGCCCUCACUCCUCCCAAACUUCCCGAUAUUCCCGGAGUCACAAGGCCGCUCCACCCGGACUCGUCCCACAAUGAAAACCGGCCCGAGGAAUUAGCCAGCAACAACGAGGACGACCACAGCCUGCACACAGAGGAGAACUCGGCGGAGGACGCCCAGUUUGAAAUGGACAUCUGAAUGUUGGCAGCGAUAAGGAAUGAAGUGACGCUAGCAUUUAUGUUUUUAUGAAACGGUUGAGAGAACAAGUCCAGUCUUAGUCAGCGAAGCAACAACAGCAUAUUUUCUAAUGUCUAAUACUUGCUAAAAUCUUAAAGCUAAAGCUGAUUAAAAAAUGUUUUUUUUA